UUUCCGAAAUGUUUCCGAAACGUUUCUAUUUUUGAGUUGACCGAAACGAUACUUCGAAACGAAAUUUUGAUCCUUGCCCGUGUUAUACCAAUUUAGCUUUAUAUAUUAAGUACUUUUAAGGGAAAAUGUGUGUUGGAACAUCCCAUGUGAUGGAAAUGCCUGGCUUGAUUCAUUUUCCUCUCUGCAUAGAUUUAUAUGAAUGUAGUUAUUUCAGACUCUGAGAAAUGUAUCAACUCCUGUAAUUUGGUCACCGUGUAUCUGCAAUUUCUAGUUAUUGAUUUUUCAUUGCUUGCUUUGUAUGUUUCCCCAGUUAGUUCAGAAAGACCCAGAAGCAGCGAUAGUUUUGUUUUGGAAGGCGAUAAAUGCUGGUGAUAGAGUAGACAGUGCACUCAAAGACAUGGCAAUAGUAUUGAAACAACUAGAUAGGACUGAAGAAGCAAUUGAAGCUGUUAAGUCCUUCAGAGACCGCUGUUCCAAACAAGCACAGGAAUCACUAGACAAUGUCCUCAUUGACUUAUACAAGAAAUGUGGGAGAUUAGAGGAGCAGAUUGAACUGCUGAAGCAGAAGCUUCGGAUGAUUAACCAAGGAGAAGCAUUCAACGGAAAGGCUACAAAGACAGCUCGCUCCCAUGGAAAGAAGUUCCAAGUCACCAUCAAGCAAGAGACCUCCAGGAUACUGGGAAAUUUGGGUUGGGCCUACAUGCAGCAGACAAACUUUGCAGCUGCUGAGGUUGUAUAUCAUAAAGCUCAGCAGAUAGACCCUGAUGCUAAUAAGGCCUGCAACCUGUGCCUGUGCUUGAUCAAGCAAACUCAAUAUGCUGAGGCAAGGUCAGUUCUUGAAGACAUAUUCCAAGGUAAGCUUUCAGGAUCUGAUGACCCAAAAACGAGGAAUCGUGCAGAUGAACUAUUGAAGGAACUAGAGCAAUGCCAGUCUACAGCAUUAUCUACAACCCCUUUGGAAUUGAGUUUAGAAGACGCUUUUGUUGAAGGGCUUGACCAGUUGAUGAACCAUUUGGCCCCAUUUAGAUCAAGAAGACUACCCAUAUUUGAAGAAAUAUCAACAUACAGAGAUCAAUUAGCUUGUUGA